AUGACUACAAUGCCUAAUCAAGUAUUACACGAAGUAGAGACUUUGGAGGAUAUUAGAAAGUGCUUACAGCAAAGUGGUGUUAAUUUGAAAGAUGUAUCGUCCAGUAUUCAUUACAAAGCAUUGAACGAACUUAAGAUGUGGGUCGAUCAGAAAGACAAAGAGUUGGCGAUGGACUGGGAUAAAUUUCAAGAAUGCGUCACUUUCAUGUUUGAGAAUUACUGUUUCUCUUCGCUGGAAAUCCAGCUGAAGUUGGUUGAAUGCUCAGAGCUUGAACUCGGACGUAAACAGAAGCGAGCCUACUCUAGGAUCAAUAACGUUACAAAUUGGGUUGUCAAAAAAGAGGGUGACAUUGAAUCUGUCAGAUCCUCCAUAAAAGCGGCUUUAAAAUAUCUUCAAGCUGGUUUCGAAAAAAUGAAGUUCCCAAAAGAAUUGGCAAUGGAAGAAGGUGCAGAGCACAACAACAAAACAAAGUGA